GCAGAAUUGGACUAUGCGGGUUUGACAAUCCACACAGAGACCAGAAGACAGACGAAUUAAAAAGACACAUAGGACAGGGUGUCAAAAUAAAAAUGGAUGACGCCGGUAACAUACUCAUCAGACGCUACUCCAAGAGUAGCGUGUUCGUGAAGAGUACCGCGGCCACCAGCAACGAAGAAACGGCCAUCGGGCAGGACAUACUCAAACUACCCGGCUACUCGCUGGAGCAGGAGAAAAUAUUCAAGCUAUUCGACAUGAAGAAGUUCCAAUCAAACGUGAACCGUGAGUUACGGCGCGCGUACCCCGACCGCCGGCGAUUGGAGACCCAGUGCCUCAGCGCGAUCGCCUUCGUCAAGUCCGAGAGCGAGCUCCUCGACUGUCCUAUCUGGGUUCUAGUCAUCAACGUCGUCGCUAUGGACAUGCUCAAAUCUAAACUGCCUCCAAGUGAGUUAUUAUUUUAUUUUGGAUUCUUGUACGGGUUCUUACCUGAAUAGGACUCUCAUACACAU